AUGGGGAAUAUGUUUGCAAACAUUUUCAAAGGCCUUUUUGGCAAAAAAGAAAUGAGAAUAUUAAUGGUCGGUUUAGAUGCUGCUGGUAAAACAACUAUCCUUUACAAAUUAAAGUUAGGAGAAAUUGUUACCACAAUUCCAACAAUAGGAAUAAGUAACAUAUGGUAUUUUUAUUAUUGUUUUACAGGCUUCAAUGUAGAGACAGUAGAAUACAAGAAUAUAAGUUUUACUGUAUGGGAUGUAGGAGGUCAAGAUAAAAUCAGACCAUUGUGGCGACAUUAUUUUCAAAACACACAAGGAUUAAUUUUUGUUGUAGACAGUAAUGACAGAGAAAGAAUUGGCGAAGCAAGAGAAGAGUUAAUGAGAAUGCUUGCAGAAGAUGAGCUUAGAGAUGCUGUACUUCUUAUAUUUGCUAAUAAACAGGAUCUGCCAAAUGCUAUGAAUGCAGCAGAAAUAACUGAUAAACUUGGCCUACAUUCUUUACGUAACAGAAACUGGUACAUUCAAGCAACCUGUGCAACAAGCGGUGAUGGAUUGUAUGAAGGCCUUGACUGGCUUUCCAACCAACUUAAAAAUGCUAAUCGUUAG